UUUUUCCCUUUUUUUACUACGAAGAAGUAAAGCGUGACGACAUAGCUCAGCAGCCAAUCACAGCGCAGCUCUGAAGAUGGCGGACUCGGAGAUGAGCUUCAGAAGCUGUCGAGAGUUAUGGACCAUAUUGCUGGGAAGAUCAGCCCUGCGAGAGCCGAUUCAAAUCCAGUCUGAGCUCGAAACCCACUGGGACAGACUACAUCAAGGGCUAAGCUACUACAAGUCGCCCAGCUCCUCCUCUGCUGGCAAAGUGAAGGAGAAGAAAGAUGUCGCUCAGCCUUUAAAAGAUUUCGGUCUUAGGAUCAGUAAAUUGCUGGCACUUGAUGAGCUGCAGAGUGUGCAGCUGUUGCAAUGCUACCUGCAGGAGGACUACAGGGGAACUCGGAACUCUUUAAAGGUUGUUCUAAAGGAUGAGCGGCAAAGUCAAGCGUUGCUACUUAAGGUAGCUGACUAUUACUACGAGGAGCGCAUGUGUCUACUCAGGUGUGUCCUCCUCAUGCUGACCUACUUCCAAGACGAGCGACACCCCUACAGGGCCGAGUACUCGAACUGUGUCAACAAACUGGAGAAGGACCUGGUGAACAACUACCAGUCCCAGUUCCAGAACCUCUUCAAAGCUGAGGCGCCGACAUGGGAGACCCACGGAAACCUCAUGACGGAGCGGCAGGUGUCCCGGUGGUUCCUGCAGUGCCUGAGAGAGCAGUCACUGCUUCUGGAGAUCAUCUUCUUGUACUACGCCUACUUCGAGAUGAGCCCGGCCGACCUGCUGGCCUUCACCAAAAUGUUCAAGGAGCAGGGCUUUGGUUUGCGGCAGACAAACAGGCACCUGGUGGACAAGAGCAUGGACGCGCUAGUGGACAGGAUCGGCUACCUUGGCUCCCUCAUCCUGGUGGAGGGCAUGGACAUAGACUUCCUCCACAAGUGUGCAUUGGAGGACUGUACUCAGCAGCACCAGUUCUCCAACGUUCUUGACAUCGUCAAGGAAAUGGACCAACUGCUGUUGACCUUUGGGGACCUCCCUCAUCACGGCCCAGUCCUGCUGGCCUGGGUCCUGCUGAGGCACACGCUGAGACCGGAAGAAUCCAACCCAGGCAUUAGGAGGAUCGGCAGCACCGCCUUGCAGCUGGAGGUCUUUAAAUACCUGUCCACCAUGCUGAAAGGCCUCGGAGUCUCAGGGAACAACUGCACAGCAAGCACAGCCAAGAUGUGUGUUUACGGCCUCCUGUCAUUCGUCAUCACAUCGUUUGAAGAGGAAAGCCUUCAGACUGGCAGCGCCGGGGCUCAGAACUCCUACCUGAUCGACGCCGCCUGCGAGGUCCUCUCCGCUCCCAGUCUGGCCGAAGUCUUCUGGGAGAUGAAGCCAAACAUGGGAUUGGGAGUGAUCCUGGACAGCGCCGUGGGAAUGUUCCCUCAUAAGAUUGGACCUCUUUUGCAGCUCCUCACCGCGCUUCUGUCUAACAAGUCCACCGUUAAAAAGGUGUACAACUUUUUGGAUAAGAUGUCCUUCUACACCCAAGCUUACAAACAUAAACCUAAUGACAUCAUCGCCAAGGAAGAUGAGACAUUGUGGAGAAGGCAGACUCCAAAACGUCUUUACCCGCUUGGCACAGGCCAGACCAACCUAUGGAUGCCGCAAGGAACUCUGGGCCAGGUGAUGAUUGGCGGCGAACAAGGCUACGUGGUGCGCUGGGACCACUCGUACAGCUCCUGGACUUUGUUUACAUGUGAAGUGGAGAUGCUGCUCCAUGUUGUUUCUACUGCAGAUGUCCUAGCUCACUGUGCACGUGUCAAGCCCAUCCUGGACCUUAUGCACAAGAUCAUCAGCACAGACUGGACCGUGUCCGACUGGCUGUUGCCUCUCACCUCACGCAUAUACAUGUUGCUGCAGAGGUUAACUUCGGUCAUCAACCCGCCAGUGGACGUGAUCGCGUCAUGCAUCAACUGCCUGUCUGUCCUGGCCGCCAGGAUGCCCGGGAAGGUGUGGUCCAGUCUGCAGCGCACAGGCUUCCUCCCCUUCGCCUCCAACCCUCUGACCAGCAUGGCCCAGUGUAUCAGUGCGGAGGGCAUGAAAGCGGGUAACUAUGGCAACCUGCUGGUCCAGAUUGAGCAGCCCAGGGGGGAGUACGCCGUGACCAUGGCCUUCCUCAAGCUUGUCACGACUCUGGUCAAGGGUCAGCUGGGCAGCACUCAGAACAAAGGUUUGAUUCCCUGCGUGCUGCUGGUCUUAAAGGAGAUGCUGCCCACAUACCAUAAGUGGCGCUACAACACGUACGGGGUCAGGGAGAGGAUCGGUUGUCUCAUUUUGGAGCUCAUCCACGCCAUUCUUAAUUUGAGUCCAGAGGGAGAAGAUCAUGGCAGCACUCCCACCCUACAGUCACUCUGCAUCUACAGCCUGGCCAACACCGAGGCGGGGCAGGCCGUGGUCAACAUCAUGGGGGUCGGCGUGGACAAAAUAGACGUUGUUCUCGCCGCUCAGCCCAGCAGCGGCGGCUCUGAGGGUCCGGGUCAUAUCCUCAUCCAGACGGUCAAGCUGGCCUUCUCGGUCACCAACAAUGCAAUCCGCCUGAAGCCGCCCUCUGACGCGGUGUCCCCCCUGGAGCAAGCCCUGACGCAGCACGGCGGUCACGGCAACAACCUGGUGGUGGUCCUGGCCAAGUACAUCUACCACAAGCACGACCCAGCGCUGCCACGCCUCGCCAUCCAGCUUCUCAAGCGCCUAGCCACGGUCGCCCCUAUGUCCGUGUACGCCUGCCUCGGCAACGACGCAGCCGCCAUCCGCGACGCCUUCCUCACUCGUCUGCAGAGCAAGACAGAAGACAUGAGAAUCAAAGUCAUGAUCUUGGAGUUCCUGACUGUUGCCGUGGAAACUCAGCCGGGCCUCAUCGAGCUUUUCCUUAACCUGGAAGUGAAGGAUGGCAACGAGGGGUCAAAGGAGUUCCUGCUGGGCGAGUGGAGCUGCCUUCACGUGGUGCUCGACCUGAUUGACUCCAAGCAGCAGGGCAAGUACUGGUGCCCCCCACUGCUCCACCGCGCUGCCCUAGCCUUCCUCCUGGCGCUGUGGCAGGACCGCCGCGACAGCGCCAUCUCUGUCCUACGCACCAAAGACAGGUUUUGGGAGAACUUGACUACACCACUUUUUGGAACCCUGGCGCCACCUUCAGACACCACUGAGCCUUGUGUUCUAGAAACGUGCGCCUUUGCCAUGAAAAUUGUCGGCCUGGAAAUAUUCUACGUCCACAGCGGCUCCUUGGAGGCGUCUCUAAAGGACGGCCUGCAGAAGUUCUCCAACACGCGGCGCUACGAGUGCUGGUCGCAGUACGUUAAGUCACUGGUUUGCCAUGUGGCGGCCAUGGAGGACGAGGGCGUGUGCUACUUUCCUGAGCAGACCCACAUGCUGAUGCUGGCCUGGCGCAUGCUGCUCAUUCUCGCCACCAGUCACUCUGACGUGAUGCAGCUGACUGACAACCAAACCAAGAUGAAGCUUUUUAUAGAUGUGCUGGACGCCACCAAAGCUGCUCUGACCAGACCAAUGUCUCUGCCGUGUCUUCGCCUCGGCUCCAUGAUGGCCACGCUGCUCCUUGUCCUGCUCAAACAGUGGCGAAGCGUGGUGGCCACGGCCCCUGACGUACUGUCCCCGCUGUCCCUCAUCCUGGAGUGUGUCCUGCAAGCUGACCAGCAGAUGAUGGAGAGGACCAAAGCCAAAAUAUUAUCUGCACUCAUUUCCGUGCUGCAGAUCCAAGGGCUCAACGGCGGUGAGAUUUCCCAGCUGCCCCAGUUGCUGUCUUCAGUGUGCGAGACGGUCAAAGACGAGGCCUUGGCGCUCAUCGACAACACACGUCACGUCCAGCGCUCGUUGGAACCCCCGGAAGACGAGGACAGCAUGGAGACGGACGUUCCUCGCGGACCCCAGAAGGACCAGAGAGACGGGGUGUGCGUGCUGGCGCUCCACCUGGCCAAGGAGCUGUGUCGCGCCGACGAAGACGGCGAGCACUGGGUGUCGGUGAUGAGGAAGGUGCCGGUGCUGCCGUCAGUGCUGAGCGCCAUGGAGCUCAGCCUUCGAUCCAAGCAGAACCUCUACUUCACCGAGGCGGCGCUGCACCUGCUGCUCACGCUGGCGCGCACUCUCCAGGGGGCAUCGGCCGUCGCAGGAGCGGGCGUCAUCCAAACAAUAUGUCUCCCUCUCCUCGGCGUCUAUGAAGGCUCCCCCAACGGAAGCUCGCAGAGUUUCACCCGCAAGUCUCAGGACUCUGCGUGCUGGCCUGGCGUCUACCGCCUGUGCAUGUCUUUGAUGGAGAGUCUCCUCAAGACGCUGCGUUACAACUUCAUCAACGAGGCGUUGGACUUUGUCGGCGUGCACCAGGAGCGCAUCCUGCAGUGUUUGAACGCUGUCAGGACGGUUCAGAGUCUGGCUUGUCUGGACGAGGCCGACCACACAGUCGGCUUCCUGCUGCAGCUCUCCAGUUUUUGCAGCGAGUGGCAGUUCCACUUGCCCAAACUGCUCCACGACGUUCAGGUGAACUUGUGCUACCUGUGUCAGACGUGCACAUAUUUGCUGCACAGUAAGAAGAUGCUUCAUCACUACCUUCAGGCUAAGAAUGGCGAGUCCUUGCCACCCACGCCCCUCGCCAGGACACAGCGCCCACCGCAGACGCCCUCCAAGGAGCCAGCGAUAGCGUGCCGAGGCGAGCGGGAGGAGGCGGAGCAGAGGGCGGAGCAAAAGGCGCUGUUGGCUGUGCAGUGCAGUCUCCUGAAGAUCCUCAGCAAGACGCUGGCCAGCCUGCAACAUUUCACACCCGACUGCUGCCAGAUCCUCCUGGACCAGUGCAUGGACCUGGCCGAGUACAGGACCUUGUUUGUGCUCAGUUUCACCACGCCGGCCUUUGACCCCGAUGUGGCGCCUUCCUUUGGGACCCUCCUGGCCACCAUCAACGUGGCUCUGAGCAUGCUCAGUGAGAUGGAGAAGAAGAAAGAAGUUUCUUUGAGCGUGGUUUCUCUCGCCUCCUCAGAGGAGAUUCAAGCGCUCAAGUCUCUGCUGAUGUUCACCAUGGAGAACUGCUUCUACGUGCUCACCUCUCAGGCCGUGCGCUGCCUCAAAGACGCCGCCAUCCUCCCCCGAGACAAACAGCGACUCAAACAGGAACUCAGCUCGGAACUGAGCACGCUCCUGUCCAGCUUGUCCCGCCACUUCCGCAGGGGCUCGCCGUCGUCCCCGGCCAGCGGGAUUCUACCGUGCACGCAAGCCAAGCCGCCCACGCCGGGUUCUAAGGGACUCCACGAAGGCCAGGAGCCGUUCAUUCAGCUGGUACAGGCCUUUGUUAGGCUCGUGCAAAGAUAACUUUUUUUUGUGUGUGUGAGACUGUGGAAAAGUUACCAAGUUGUUUUUGACUUUCUACAUUUCAAUUUGACCAAAAGCAAAGUGUUGACUUGAGAAGCUGCCUGUGGUUUGUUGCAUGCUAGUAAGGCCUAGUUUUAUAGACCUCUGUAACAAACACAUUUCAAGUGCUACUUAAACAUUUUUAGAUCUUUUCAAUAAGUUGUUACAAUAAUGGCUUUGUAAAAUGAUGAGAUAUGUUACACAUUGAAGCAGCUGAAGACAUUUGUACUCAACAUGUAAAUGAUAAUAAAGGAAUGUUCUUGGA